AUGAAGCGGUUGACUGUAUGGAAGCUGGCGAUGCUUAAAAGACUCCUUCCCAUCUCACCUCGCGGUGUUCAGAGCUCCACCCCCAAAGCCCUCUCAAUGCCAUGGCCUGCUGAGGCUAAUACAAAUACCUGGAGGGUGAGUCACCGGCCAGACACCCCCACUGUCCCCCGUGGCCAGACAAGGAGCCAGCUCCUGAGAGAGCAGAGGGUCUACACCGAUCUUCUGGAGAUGAUCCGGCACUUACAGCAGUCUCUGAAGGAGCACAUUACGCAGCUGACAACCUGGCAAAUGCAGGGGCUGUUGUUGUUGGAACAGAGGCACUCUGGAGCCAUCUGCAAGCAGGAAGACCUCCUCGAUGACCUGAUGUGCCAGAUGGUCAACCUGCUAGGGUCUGAGGCCGUGAGUGGCCUGGGGCUCCGCCCGCCUCUCCCUGUCCUGGAUUCUCAGGCUGCUAACAGGGGUGUGCGGAGGGUGCCGUCAUCUCAGCAGGCUGACCAGCCAGUUCCCCAGCAGAGGGAUUCAGAAGCUGCACUUGUCAGCCAUGACCUCUCCAGCCGUGGAAUCGAAAUCUCUGUCUCUUACCACCUGCACUUCCAGGACUACGAAGCCUACCAGAGAGAAUACCACAAAGUCAAGAACACCUUGGGCUUCAUUAACCUUGGCACCAGUGAGAACAAACUCUGCACCUAUCUGCUGACUGAAAGGUUGUGCCGGAGUGACAUGAACCGCAUCGAGAACAUCCUACUGCAAUAUCCUGAUUGGAGAGGGCAACCCUUCCUGCGGAAAGAAGUGGCUUGUUUCCUGACCGACUACUGCCAGGCUCCAUCUUCCCUUGAUCCCGAAAAUGUGGUUAUUCUCAAUGGCUGCGGCUCCGUCUUCUCUGCAUUGGCCAUGGUUCUGUGUGAUCCAGGGGACGCCUUCCUGGUCCCCACCCCCUUCUUCGGUGGCUUCGUCUUUAGCUCCAACCUGUACUCGAGAGUUGAGCUGAUUCCUGUCCACCUAGAGAGUGAGGUCACUGGGGAGAACACCCAUCCUUUUUAGCUCACUGUGAACAAGUUGGAGCAAGCCCUGGUGGAAGCUAGGCUGGAGCGGAAAAGGGUCAAAGGCCUUGUGCUCAUCAACCCCCGGAACUGUCUGGGUGACGUCUGCUCCCGGGACUCGCUGCAGGAAUACCUGGAAUUUGCAAAGAGGAAUCGCCUCCAUGUGAUUGUGGAUGAGAGCAACAUGUUCUCUGUGUUUGAUGAAUCUGUCACAUUCCACAGUGUUCUGAGCCUAAAAAGUUUGCCACACCCCAAUAGGACUCAUGUGAUCUGGGGAACUAGUAAGGAUUUUGGCAUCUCUGGCCUUCGCUUUGGGGCUCUGUACACCCACAGCAAGGGCGUGGCCUCUGCUGUGUGCUCCUUUGGCUGCCUGCAUGGUACCUCCAGCAUCACCCAGUACAAGCUGUACCGACUGCUCCAGGACAGAGAAUGGAUUGACAAAGUGUACCUGCCCGCUAAUUGCUCCCGGCUCCAGGACGCUCACAAGUACAUCACGGACGAGCUGAAGGCAUUGGAGGUCCCCUUUCUCAAGGGUGGCUCUGGGCUCUCUGUCUGGAUCAGUUUGAAAUCGUACCUGGAAUGAUGCACGUUUGAUGAAGAGCUGGCCCUCCAUCGGUGCUUCCUAGACAACAAGCUGGUGCUAUCACGUGGCAAAAACUUCAGGUGUGAGGAGCCUGGCUGGUUCCGCCUCACCUUUGCAGAGACGCCUUCUGAGCUACAAGUGGCCAUGCAUUGGUUCCGUCAGGUACUGGAGGAGCAGAAGCAGGAUUGGAUAGUGAAGCAGCUGGCGGACGCCAUGCGGGAGUAG